GUGUGAACGGCCAAAAGCAUUUGGAGAUCAGUCCAGAGGCAUCAAUCAAAUCUUUGGUUUUUGGCUGGCAAGAACUACAGAAGUAUCCGUCUGUGAUGUGUUGGUCAUGGACCUCGCGCGGCUUGGUGACGGAUGAGGAAAUGCAGGCUCUUCGGCCAGAGGUCUUCAAAGAUGGCAAGGCGAUCAAGUGUUCUUCCGCCACAUUGAAAGAGCUUGUGCCAGGGAUUCCUUUGCUGUUGCCGCCAACUAUUCCGCAAGCCCUUGCAGAGAGUGUUGAAGGGCGUGCUGUCCAUUUGUGGCAAAUGAGGGACCCCCAGAUAGAUGAGCUCGAUGGUAGUGAAUCUGGGUUCGAGGCGCAGGUCUGGGUACUGCUGCCGGCUCUCAUGCAGCAGUUUGUGGACAAGCAUUUUGCAGCCUACCAACUACAGGUUGAUGAAGCGACCAAGAUGUUGAACAAAGGCAGGAUCAAGCAGCAGAAGUACGAUCGCAUCAUUGCCGACGCCGGUUCAAAAUCAACAUUGGUCCUCUUCAAUUUCCAGAAGCUGGAGGUCAAGCUUGGGAUCUUGCAAUGGACUCCCCUGCGCGUGGUGAAAGCAGAAGUUGGGAUCGGCAAAGUGACUCUGGAGCUAGACCCAGCUUACAUCAAGCAGGCUGGAUGCGUCCCUGGCUUUGAGGAGUAUGCGGAUUCGGGUAGUGAUGGUCUGCCCGAGGAUGAACCGCCGCCGGGUGAAACCGCAGAGAAUGUGGAACACAUGGGCGUCAUUGUGCCCUUUGCGCAGCCUGAUGAAGAGUUUUGUUCGCUCCAGCAAGGAUUGGAGGAUCUCUUGGCUGAGAUGGAGGGCCUAUCUUCUGAUGAAGAUGCAGAUUCCCAGGAUGAGGAGCAUGUGGAAGUGCAUUUUGAUGAGGGUGGCAAUCUCAUUUGCAGUUGUGCUGAGGUGGAACUCGUAGAUCCAAUGGCCACUGCUGAGCAGGACCAACCUAGCGACAAGUCUGGUGGAUUCAGAACCUCAGAGGCAUGGCUCUACUUGCGCUCGGAGGGCCUCCAGAAUGUUCCUGAGAUCUUAG